GGGAAAUAAACAGCAGGAACAGAUGAGCACUUAGGAAACAAAGACCCUGUUUUCAUGCAAAUGCCUUUUGUCAUCAAAAACAAGGUUAGAGAAAUGCAGCUACAGAGCAAUCUAUGUCAGAGCAAGCAAGCAGAAUGGGUGCUCAGCAGAAACUCUGUGGUGCUUCCCAGGAGGCAUUCAGCUGCUCUUUCCAAUAAACUUCUUGAAUCACUGGGGAGUUUUACACAUUCAAGAUAGGUAGUAGUCUUUGCCUUUCUGAACAAAUCACCAGCAACGCACAGCAUAACAUGAGUUACUGACAUCAGUAGCUCAGCUAGUGUUGCUGGCUGUAUAUUUUUUUGGUUACAUAAGAAUCAGGAGGAAAUAACCGCAGGUCUCUACAGCUGCAGCAGGUACUGUAACUCUCCACUGCUUUGACUUAACCCCUGAUGGCCCACACUUCCAUUGUUUCUCGAGACAGAUGGAUGCCAACAAAAUCAGAAAAGGAUCCACAGUGUUCUAGAAAGUGGGGGCAAGUACCUUUUGUAGAAGAACAUAAAUAUUGUUAUAAAUUUGGGGUAUUCAGAUUGUGUCUUCUAAUCCCUGGAUCCAGCAAGUGUUAGAAUUUAAUCAAGGCUUCUAAUUCUUGGAUAAACCAGGCUAGCUUCCCUUUGAGGUGAAAGCCUUUAAAAAUCAAUGGCUUGACAUUCACAGAAGAGUACAACUCUUGGAAGGGACCCUAAGGAUCACCUAGUCCAACCCCCUGCAAAUCUAAAUUUUAGAUUUAGGGGAGCUAGUCUCAAACGUUUGUUGGGGGAGACCUAGGUUUUUUUGUGGGGAGAGUUAUUUGUCCUGUCUUCACGCUUUUUAUGAUGGAGGACCGCUGUAGCCACCCCCAACGACACGUUCUCAAGAUGGAGGGGGAGGGAACAGCUGCAGUCGCCUGCGGUUCCUGCGCAAUGUUUGCCAUCUUGCCAAAGGUUGCAGGCAGCUUUACCUGCAGCAAUUGCAUGUUGAUUGCCUUCUUAAAAGAUAAAGUCCAGCAACUGGAGGAACGUGUAGCUACGCUCCAAAGAAUUAGAGAGCUGGAGCUCUUCUUGGAAACAACAGAGCACACCGUCUCCACCAAGGAGGAGACAGGGGACUCCCCUGAGAAGGAGGCUAGUACACCAACACAGGAGCCAGAUAUAUGGAGAAACGUGACUCAAAGAAGUAGGAGGCCCAGGGUUUGCUCUGAUUGUUUAGAAAUACACAAUCGCUUUGAGGUCCUCUCCCCUAGCAUGGAAGACGAAGAGCAGACUCCAUUUGAGGAUCUCUCCUCAUUACAGUCGAUCAGGUAUAUGAAGACGAGCAGCAAAGUCAGUCCUCAGGGAAUGUGCAGGCAACCUUGGAACGGACAGCUCACGGAAGAACCCCGACCAAACCUAAGAGGAGGCGUGUAGUGGUGAUAGGGGAUUCCCUACUGAGGGGAACAGAAGCAGUGAUCUGUGGGCCUGACAAGAUGUCUCGGGAAGUGUGCUGUCUCCCGGGGCUAAGAUCCAAGAUGUAACUGAACGACUGCAAGGAAUCAUAAAACCCACUGACAAAUACCCCUUCCUCUUGGUUCAUGUGGGAACCAAUGACACUGCAAGCAAUAGCCUCCAGAAGAUCAAAAGAGACUACGAGGCUCUGGGCAGGAAAUUGAAGCAAUUAAAUGCACAAAUUGUCAUCUCAUCUGUCCUCCCAGUUGAACGACGUGGCCCAGGGAGAGAGGGAAAAUAGUGGAAGUGAACAGCUGGCUUCGCAAAUGGUGUAAGCAGGAACGGUUUGGAUUCUUAGAUCACGGACUGCAGUUUCUUGAAGAUGGACUUCUGGCAAGCGAUGGGCUGCACCUCACAACGGUUAGGAGGAAUGUUUUUGCCAAAAAUCUCAGAAACCUCAUCAGGAGGGCUUUAAACUGACUAAUGUGGGAGAGGGAGACAGUGCUCCUGAAGGUAGGAGUCUAUCAAUUGAUGAAGAUGAUCAUCCAAAUGUCAUAGACCAAAUGGAGCAAACAGCAUGCAGACCUAGUGGUGGGAAGAAAAAAAUCCUUAAAUAAGAGACACGGGGGAAUGAUUAAUGGACUUCAAUGUCUGUACACUAAUGCGCAAAGCAUGGGAAAUAAACAAGAUGAGCUUGAGCUCUUGGUACAGCAAACUAAAUAUGACAUAAUAGGCAUCACUGAAACCUGGUGGGAUAAGUCCCAUGAUUGGAAUGUAAUAAUGGAGGGAUACAAUCUAUUUCAGAGAAACAGACCAGACAAGAAAGGAGGAGGAGUGGCGUUAUAUGUCAGGGAUGUGUAUACCUGUGAAGAGAUCCAAGAUUUAGAACCUCAAAGCCAAAGUGAGAGCAUUUGGGUCAAAAUUAAGGGAGAGAAGAAUAACAGUGACUUCAUUGUGGGAGUUUACUAUAGAUCCCCAAGCCAAACGGAGGACAUAGAUGAUGCCUUCCUGGAACAGAUGGCCAAGCAUGCAAAAGGAAGGGAGAUAGUAGUAAUGGGGGACUUCAAUUACCCGGAUAUUUGUUGGAUGUCAAACUCAGCCAAGAGCAUAAGGUCAAACAGAUUCCUCACUGGCCUUGCAGACAACUUCAUUGUCCAGAAAGUGGGAGAAGCAACAAGAGGAACAGCCAUUUUAGAUCUGGUCCUAACCAAUGUUGAUGACCUGGUUAGUGGGGUAGAAGUGGAAGGAUCAUUAGGCACGAGUGAUCAUGCUCUUCUGAAGUUUACUAUACAGCGGAAAGGAGCAGCCAAGCAUAUUUCUUGACUUUAAGAAAGCCGACUUCAUAAAAGUUAGGGAAGUGCUGGGUGAGAUCCCAUGGACAGUAAUACUAAAAGGAAAGGGAGUUCAUGAUGGCUGGGAGUUUGUUAAGAGGGAGAUACUAAAAGCACAACGUCAGGCAAUACCAAUGAGAUGGAAACAUGGAAGGUGCCUAAAGAAGCCAGGGUGGCUAUCUAAAGAACUUUUAACUGAGUUAAGAUUAAAAAGGAUGUGUACAAAAAUGGAAAAGGGGGAAACCACCAAAGAGGAAUUCAAACAAAUAGCCAGCACGUGUAGACACACAGUCAGAAAAGCUAAAGCACAGAAUGAACUCAGGCUUGCCAGAGAGGUUAAAAGCAACAAAAAGGCUUUUAUGGGUAUGUUCGUAGCAAAAGGAAGAACAAAGAAACAGUGGGGUCACUGAGAGGAGAAGAUGGUGAAAUGCAAACAGGGGACACAGAAAGGACUGAACUCCUCAAUGCCUUCUUUGCCUCAGUCUUCUCCGAUAAAGAAAACAAUGCCCGACCUGAAGAAUUUGGAGCAAAUGAUUCAGCAGAGGAACACAGCCCAGAAUAACUAAGGAGAUAGUACAAUAAUACUUGGCUAGUUUAGAUGUAUUCAAGUCUCCAGGGCCAGAUGAACUGCAUCCAAGAGUAUUAAAAGAACUGGCAGAUGUGAUCUCAGAACCACUGGCAGUCAUCUUUGAGAAUUCCUGGAGAACAGGCGAAGUCCCGGCAGACUGGAGGAGGGCAAAUGUUGUCCCUAUUUUCAAAAAGGGGAAAGAGAGGACCCAAAUAAUUACCGCCCAGUCAGUCUGACAUCAAUACCAGGGAAGAUUCUGGAGCAGAUCAUUAAGCAAACAGUCUGUGAGCACCUAGAAAGGAAUGCUGUGAUCACCAAUAGUCAGCAUGCAUUUCUGAAAAAUAAGUCAUGUCAGACUAACCUGAUCUCGUUUUUUGACAGAAUUACAAGCCUGGUAGAUGAAGGGAACGCAGUGGAUGUAGCCUACCUUGAUUUCAGCAAGGCAUUUGACAAGGUGCCCCAUGAUAUUCUUGUAAAGAAGCUGGUAAAAUGCGGUCUUGACUAUGCUACCACUCAGUGGAUUUGUAACUGGCUGACUGACCGAACCCAAAGGGUGCUCAUCAAUGGUUCCUCUUCAUCCUGGAGAAGAGUGACUAGUGGGGUGCCACAGGGUUCUGUCUUGGGCCCGGUCUUAUUCAACAUCUUUAUCAACGACUUGGAUGAUGGACUCAAGGGCAUCCUGAUCAAAUUUGCAGAUGACACCAAACUGGGAGGGGUGGCUAACACCCCAGAGGACAGGAUCACACUUCAAAACGACCUUGACAGAUUAGAGAACUGGGCCAAAACAAACAAGAUGAAUUUUAACAGGGAGAAAUGUAAAGUAUUGCACUUGGGCAAAAAAAUGAGAGGCACAAAUACAAGAUGGGUGACACCUGGCUUGAGAGCAGUACAUGUGAAAAUGGAUCUAGGAGUCUUGGUUGACCACAAACUUGACAUGAGCCAACAGUGUGACGCAGCAGCUAAAAAAGCCAAUGCAAUUCUGGGCUGCAUCAAUAGGAGUAUAGUAUCUAGAUCAAGGGAAGUAAUAGUGCCACUGUAUUCCGCUCUGGUCAGACCUCACCUGGAGUACUGUGUCCAGUUCUGGGCACCACAGUUCAAGAAGGACACUGACAAGCUGGAACGUGUCCAGAGGAGGGCAACCAAAAUGGUCAAAGGCCUGGAAACGAUGCCUUAUGAGGAACGGCUAAGGGAGCUGGGCAUGUUUAGCCUGGAGAAGAGGAGGUUAAGGGGUGAUAUGAUAGCCAUGUUCAAAUAUAUAAAAGGAUGUCACAUAGAGGAGGGAGAAAGGUUGUUUUCUGCUGCUCCAGAGAAGCGGACACGGAGCAAUGGAUCCAAACUACAAGAAAGAAGAUUCCACCUAAACAUUAGGAAGAACUUCCUGACAGUAAGAGCUGUUUGACAGUGGAAUUUGCUGCCAAGGAGUGUGGUGGAGUCUCCUUCUUUGGAGGUCUUUAAGCAGAGGCUUGACAACCAUAUGUCAGGAGUGCUCUGAUGGUGUUUCCUGCUUGGCAGGGGGUUGGACUCGAUGGCCCUUGUGGUCUCUUCCAACUCUAUGAUUCUAUGAUUCUAUGAUUCUAGGAAUAUGUAGCUGUCCCAUAUGGGGAUCGAACCUGCAACCUUGGCAUUAUCAGCACCACGCUCUAACCAACUGAGCAGCUGGUUAGAGUUGUACCUUGGAAGUAGAAUGGAAUUCGUUCUGGAAGUCUAUUCGACUUCCAAAAUGUUCGGGAACCAAAGUGCGGCUUCUGAUUGGCUGCAGGAAGCUCAGACGUUCGGGUUCCAAAGAACAUUUGCAAACUGGAACACGCACUCACGGGCUUACAGCAUUCAGGAGCCAAAACGUAUGAGUACCAAGGUGUUUGGGAUCCAAAGUAAGACUGUAUAUUGACUGGUUCAGAACUACAAAAUAAGAGUAUCAGUACUUCAUGUGUAGUAAUGGUGGACAUCAUCCACAUCCCAAGAUACGCACAUUAUGGUAACUACUGUGGCAUGGAAUGUGGGAAUUUUUUUUAACUCUUUGGCUUCUGUUGUGGUCCUGAUACUACAUUCAAAGGUAAGUUCCAUUAAGUUAAGUGACACACCCAAGAGAGACACAUACAUUUGUGGGCAUUUCUUAUUGCUCUGAAUUUCCCUUAUGAAUUUCUUACAAGGGUUACCAGAAAUAUAUCAAAACUGACUCAGUGAUAGCAAAGACUGCUGGUGUUCACUGUUCCCCUUGCUCCUUCACUUACUAGCAGUUUCCAAUAAUUCAUGUAGUCUAGCUGUGCCUUUUGUGACUCAACGGUAUAAUAUAGUCCUCUCUGUGGCAAGACUAAAUUUGAUCUCUGACUUGUAAUCUUACAGCUUCUCUGUGUGAUGCACUCUAAUUUCUCACUGCCCAUCUGUGUUUGCAACUUACAAAAUCUGGAAAGUAAUUUGCAAUGACUUCACAAUUUGCAGAACUGUAUGUGGACAUCCAUACAGGCAACAGGAAUGAGGAUAUAAGAAACAUUGAAAUGGCCAGUUGCGUAUUAGCAGAGCAAGUGUGUACAUGUUUACUCAGAAGUAAGUUACACUGUGUUCAAUAAGGCUUACUCCCAGGAACGAGUGCACAGGAUUCCACAAUAUAUUGGGAGGGAGGGAGGGAGGGAGAAAAACAGCAAAAAAGGAGGGAAUAACAAUGCAUUGAUUAAAUUUUGUCAGAGGCAUUUUUUAAAAUGUAUGUUUCACACUACCAUCCUUUGAGCAAGCAGCACAACUGGAUAGGGCACUGCAACGCACACUUUAAAUUGAUCUUUAAUAAUUGAGUUACACAAAUUGAACAUAAUUACGUUCUACCAGCUGGCUUGUACCGCUGUGUAUUUGAAUGACGGGGAUUGGUGUUAAAAAGCAAUACAGAAGACAAGGUAGUCUGUCUGCUAUUUUUCACUUACUUUAAUUGUGCUUAGAAUUUCAAGGCACAAAAGCGUCUUCAGCAAACAGAAAAUACAUUUAAUACAGGAAAGUACAACCUGAAGAUCAAAAACGUAGAAAUUAUUUCUGCGUGGCAUGCUUCUACCAUUGAUCAAACAAGAAAAAAAUCUCACACGGUGUGCGGUUGGAGACAAGCUUUAGUCCUCACUCUAAAAUCAAGCAGCUUCUCUUAAUUUACCUUUUAAACAUUAUUAUACUAAGCAAAAGUGCAGAAGUUCAACUUUUGACAAUGUUUAUUGAGCAGAUGUUUCAUUAGAAAAAGCAAUUUGGAUAAAAUGCAUGACUGAAGAGGCAAAUGUCAAAAACUAUUGUCUUCUUUGUUUUCCCUUUCUAUUCUUAGGGCGGGGUAUACCUAAUUAUCCCUGCCAGUGAAAGCUCUGUGGAAGGGCUUCGAUCUGUGCAAGGAGUCUUCCCUGCUUUCUUCCCUUAUGCCUCCCACCCCCAAAAUUGGCUUAGGGGGUGUCAGGAGAACCCCCCACAACAGCGUGGAGGAGGCGGCAAGGCAGGGUGUUGUUCUGUCUGGCAAGCAGAUAUACCGUACUUGCACAGAUGGAAUGUUCGCAAUAGCACAGUGUUGAAUCCCACUCUUUGGUUCUUGUCCUAAUUUUUAUUAAUUUAAUUAAAUUUAAGAUCAUACGAUAUUUACAGAAGACAAAGACUGACAGCAAAAGGAAAUUGCUGCAGAAGAGUCCUGGAGAGAUAAGCAUUAGGUCUUAAUGGGCAAAAAUUGUUUUGAUAGUCAGGAGUAGAUAAUACAACCAAAUGUGGGGAUUAUUGAUAAGAAAGCCAAGAACAACCAGAGUGAGUCAGAUUAGACUUUGUAAGUUUAUCAAUGUCCAACUUGCCUGAGUAAGUAAAAACACUGUAAUGGCCCAAUCCUAUGAACACAUUGGUAAAGAGGAUGCCACAUAAAGGCAGCUUCUUUUUCAUAACAUGAUAAAUAGUGGGGUUGCACCAGCAGCUGGAACAGGGCUCCUUGUUACUUUUUCCUUAUCCAUGCUAUUUCAUUACCAAGCACAAUUUAAAAAGUUAAAAACUAUCAGAUAGUUGAUCAGGAGCAGGAUCCUAAAAAUGGAGGAAGAUGAGGUCCUACCACCUGGAGAUACAAAACAUGCCUAAUUUCUUUUUAUUUCUGGUUUACACCUUCUGAGGACCAGUGUGUUUUUGCCUAAGGCUGGAGACAGUUUGAGGGAACAGCUGAAUUGUAUAUCUUCAAAAGUGGGGGAAUCGACCACUAAAUAUUUAUUUGUCCCAGCAAUCCUGGCUGCAACUUUAAAACUGCAUUGCACAUAAUAGACCUUAAUCUAAGUAAGUCUCUUAUCUCCUCCAACACACCAUCUUAAAACUGUAACAAAAUGCAGACUGUGGCUUCAAUUUCAAACGAGUUUUGUUUCUCCUAGCCCCUUGUUUCGUUGAACUUCUAGACUACUGAAGAACCCUGGAGAACUCAAAGGUUUGCUCUCACUGGCUUUCUUCAGUCAUAAUAGCUUCUGUGUUGUUCUAAAUUGGAGCUGCAUUUCCUGAUGAUCACACAUAUUCCUGACCAAUGGAACCCUGGAGCAUGCUCUACAGACACCUAUGCUAUACAUGCAGAUCCCAUUGCAUGGGAGCAAUUCUGCAGAGCAACAUGGGGCUUGUAAUGACUCAAGAGGGCUUAUUUCGAGAAAUGUUGGUUAUUCAACAGUCAGUCUGGGAGCACUUAGAAAAGGAUGCUGUGAUUACUAAGACCCAUCAUGGGUUUCUCAAAAAUAAGUCAUACCAGAUAGGUCUCAUUUCUUUUUUUGAUGGAGUUACAAGCUUGGUGGAUCAGGGGAAUGCUGUGGACAUGGUCUAUCUUGAUUUCAGUCAAGCUUUUGACAAAGUCCCCCAUGAUAUUCUUGUGGGUUGAACGAGGUAACUGUUAGGUGCAUUUGUAGCUAGUUGACUGUUAUUUACUAACCUUGGAUCCUAGAACAACAGGCAAGUAGGAUCCCAGAAUGCAACAACUGAUUGGCUUGCAAGAGAAAACCAAUCAGGCUCCAGGAAGAAGUUAAUCAGCCUAUUAGGCUUGUAGGAUCGUAGAAUGCAACAACUGAUUGGCCUGCAGGAAAAGACCAAUCAAGCUCCAGGAGGGAAGCAGAAUCAGCCAAUCAGACGGGACUCAUCGUGUAAAUAAUGUAUAUAAAAGCCUGAGGUUUGGGGGGCAAUUCAAUCACUGUUUUACAAGCUGCAAUAAAGAGAAUGAAAUCACUACAGGACUCCCGAGUAUAUUUCAUUGACUGACCAAAUCAAAAGAGUAAUCUGGGCCCAUUGUUGUUCAACAUCUGUAUAAACACCUUGGAUGAAGGAAUUGAGGGAAAGCUCAUCCAAUUUGCAGAUGACACCAAACUGGGAGGGGGAGCUAAUGCCUCAGAACACAGAAUCAGGAUUUGGACCUUAACAGAUUGGAGAGCUGGGCCCAAACUAACAAAAUGGAUUUCAAUUGGGACAAAUGUAAGGUUCUUCAUUUAGACAGGAAGAACCAGCUCCACAAAUAUGAUGGGGGACACUGGCCUACUAGCAGUACAUGUGAAAAGGAUGUAGGGGUCUUAUUAAACCACAACCUUUAACAUGAGUCAUCAGUGUGAUGCAGAAGCAAAAAAGAACUAAUGCUAUUCUAGGCUGCAUCAACAGAAGUAUAGUGUCCCAAUCAAGAGAAGUAAUAGUCCUCUAUUCUGCCUUGGUCAGAUCACACCUGGAGUACUGUGUCCAAUUCUGGGCACCACAAUGGAAGAAAAAUGUUGAAAAGCUGGAAUGUGUGCACAGGAGGGCAACCAAAAUGAGCAAGAAGUGGAAAAAAGCCGUACAAGGGAUGGUUGAAGGAGCUGGAUAUGUUUAGCCUGGAAAAGAGGCGACUAAGAAGAGAUAUGACAGCCAUCCUCAAGUAUCUCAAGGGCUGUCAUAUGGAAGAUGGAGGAAGCUUGUUUUCUCCUGUUCUGGAUGGUGAGACUCAACCCAAUGGCUUCAAGUUACAAGAAAGAAGAUUAUGAUUAAACAUCAGGAAGAACUUUCUGAUAGUAAGAGCUGUUUGACAUUGGAACGGUUUCCCUUAGGAGGCUGUGGACUCUCCUUAAUUGGAGGGUUUUAAGCAGAGGCUGGAUGGCGAUCUGUCACAGAUGCUUUAGCUGAGAUUCCUGCAUGGGGAUUGGACUAGACCCUUUGGGUCCCUUCCAACUCUACAAUUCUAGGAUUCUAAAGUUAUUGCCUGACUGUGGAUUUCAGAAAAUGGAUACACACCUUCACUAAUGAUCUGCUUCCCUUCCUCUUUUUACAUUUCAGAGUGAAAAACAAGAAGAGUGUUCAAAGUUACUCUUCCAGCUAAAGAAUUCUACCAAAAUUGUGUUUUCAUAAAUACGCCAAAGAGAACGUUCAGGGAAUUGAAAGAAUGGACUACCUGUAACAUGAAAUGCUACCAAGGAGGUUUUCAGACUGCAUCUUCUGUUGCCAGAUUAAGCCAUAGCUGCUACAAAAACAAUUGAUCAAAAGCUUAACAUUACAAAAUGUAUUAAAGGUAAUGAUUUAUGUUUUAAUUUGUUCGGCAACUUUACAAAGGGUAGAAAAACACAAAAAAAUAGCAAUUGGGAAACGCAGCAUUAUUAAAGCUAUAAAUCCAGCCAGCGGAAGAGAAGUGGGCUCUUUUUCGCAAGUGUAAAGAAAGAGGAAUGAAGGAGGUACCCUUUUCCCAUUAGCUCAGUAUAUGAUGCUUUAAAUUUUACUUGCUUUGAGCUUAGUUGCCGCACAGUUCCCUCUGCUUUGCUUCUUUUUCUUGAAGUUGUUGAAAUGCUAAAAAAGGAGAAACAAAUGGAUGGCCGCUGGUGCACCCCGGAGGCUAGAAGGAGCAACCAAAGACCCAAUUAAGGAAAAAAGGCACAAGCAUUUUACUCACAUAACUGAAUGCCACUAGCUUCAAGUGGACUUUAGGAUUCUAAGAAAAAGCGAUACCCCUUACUGUUUAAUGCUUUAACCACAGCAUCAUCUCCCACUUUACAUAGAUCUCAAGGGGCCAAAGAACUUCCAGGGCAUCCCAAAUUCAAUUGAGGCAGUUUUCUUAUUGCAAUUAAGACACCAUUGUUACUCAUUUAUUGGCAGACACAUUAGUCUUUGUUAAAUGUCGAAAGCAAAGGCAGCACUAUCAAUACAUCUUUGGCUAAUAAAAAUCAGGCAAAUGUAAUGAGACAGUAGGAGGAUUUGUUCAAAUUUUCAAAUGGUAAAGUGUGUGUUAAUAUGUGAAUGCUUCCUGCAAUAAGAUCAUCACUAUUUAUACUUUCUAGAGCACCUACAAAGACCAGGCGCUUUGCAUAAAAGAGGCAUAAGACAGUAUGCCCUCACACUUAGAAUCUGAAGCAAGACACACAAGGCAAGACUUGCAAUGAGGUGAGAGAGAAAAAGAGUAUGUUCAGGGCAACAGCAUUUUUAAAAAUGCCAAAAUGAAGAAGCAAUUUUUAAAAAAAUAAAUAAAUCAAGUGUCUAAAUGCACCAGUGGAUGAAGCCAGAGAAAUGUCAAAAGACACAGAAUCCCAGUGGUCAGGAGAAGGAGCAUCGUUAAAGAACAUGGUAUGUAAUUUGGUUUAGCAAAAUUGGGUUGGAAUAAUCUAUGGUUACAUUUGAACCAGUUUCUGCUGUGGAUACCCACACACUCACACUUAGCCAGUAAGUGGUAAGUGUGGGGUGAUGAUGCUCAGUUGCAUACCUGCUGCUUUCAGGGACAUAGAGGAGGUGGGCCGAGGUUGAUGGUGCAAGCACACUAGUGGAGCCCAUUCAGUGCACCAACCAGUGUGUUUGCACCUUGCCACCACCCUGCCACUCCCCCUUCCCUUAAGCAGCAGUGAGGCAACCGACCAGAGGUUGAGUGAGUGUCACCACCCACCACAUUGUCUGCUACUGGGCUUAGCUUAGCGUUACGUGUGAACUAGGCCCCUCCGUCUUGCUCUCCCUCACCAAUGACUCUGCCUGAGAAAGUUUUGGCUCUUCAUUGGUUUCACUUUAAACUAACCAGUAGGAAAUGGCAGGGACUUCAGAAGGAAGGGUGGAGGAGGGGAAUUCCUUUAAUCUUGUCUGGAAAGGAAGACGUGAGUGAGAAUUGGAAAAAUUAGGAGAUGGUUCAGCAUCUCCCUGCCCCCCCCAAGUUAAAGAAUUACAGUGGAACUUUGGUUUAAGAACAGCUUAGUUUAUGAACAACUUGGAUUAAGAACACUGCAAACCCAGAAGUAGGUGUUUUGGUUUGUGAACUUUGCCUUGGAAUAAGAACAUGUUUCACUUCCUGUUGAAUGUGUUCCAUUUGUAAAUUGAGUCCCCCGCUGCUAUGGGAAAGCACACCUUGGUUUAAGAACGCUUUGGUUUAAAAAUGGACUUCCGGAAUGGAUUAAGUUCGUAAACCAAGGUACCACUGUACAAGCAAGUUGAAGCUCUGUCUGAGGCCCACACCAAAGUCAGCACUGCAAGGACAGGUUGGAGGUACAAUGGAUGUUGUUGCUAUGAUACUUUCCGUACCAGUUUUGCAACCUUUUGAUUUGAAUUGGUCUGUUCUAGUGGUUUGAUGGUUUGAAAAGCAAUUUUUGAACAGUUUAGGAAUAUUUCAAUUAGCUAACUAGCAUCUUAAGUCCCUACUUGACCACUACAUGGCUUGUCACUGGAUGAGGUACCAUAUAAGCCACUAUAGCUAAACUCUCCCAAAAGAAUGGGGUGGUUGUGUAUGGAAUUUCUAUUAAGAAGGUAUCUUAAUGAUAUCUGAAAACCUGAAUUCUUUUAUUAAAACCCACACCCAACCCACACCCACACAUUUUGACAUAGUUUCUGGCAGCCUUCUUUUUGGUUCCACCUCCGAAUAUCCGUGCAUAUCAUUCACAUUGCUUCACAAACCUUAAAUAGCUCCCCUAAUCACACUUUAAUUAAACUCCCAACGUGCACCUUCUGCUUCUAGUCUCGCAGUGUACCACUUUUCUUUCUGAUUGUCAAGAUUACACACCUCUCUUCCUUACCCUUGUCUCAUUUAAAAACAAUCUCUCCUCCCCUAACCCUCCUUUCUCUGCGCACUUUUCACUCACAGGAUGAGGGAGCAGAGAAAAAUGAAUUAAUGAAAUGUCAUAGUUCUACUCAUGUGUGUUGCUGGUGCGUAGAUUCAAAACCCCUAUCUGUAAUAUUUCUAGGGCUCAGAGAACAAAAAUGCCGUCAUAAUCGCAUCCAUUUGGCAAGAAAUGGCAGCUGGCCCAUACUCAAAACGGAAGGUGACAAAUGAACCCCAAUGCAGAAGGCCGCUUGUGUUGACGUGGAACAUGGACAUAAUGGAUUACAUAGAAGAGGGGAAAUGCCAGUGGUGUUGUUUAUUUUAGCAGCUAUAUAUUAAUUUGUCCUUUUGGUAACACCUGUGCAGGUUGAGGAUAAGGGAAGAGAUCUGGAUGAGCAAUGGAACAUGAAAGCAAGAUUCACACACCCCAGUCCAGCCCCACACAGACAGGCAUGCUGAGGCCUGAGAUGGACACAGAACUCCAGCACACACUAUGGCUCCACCCACCCCACACUGAUUUCUCCCCACUGAUUUCAAUAUAGGGAUGGGUACCAUAGGCAUACUCUUGUUGCAUCUGCUGAAUCAAUGUGAGUGUGUGGGUGUUAUUGCAUCUUAUGGUACAGCCUCCACCCCACUUACACAGGGGUUACAUAAGUGAAAUCACAUAAAGUGAGGAGCACCCUCUAAAACCCUGUCUGCUGCUCUUUUUUCAACCCAUAC